GCGGAUCCGGUUUGUCCUGGGCGGGUCUGGAAGCGGGGUUGGUGGAGGGAAUGUAGGUGGCCGGGUAGGUUGCGGAGGCUGCUGCAGCAUGGUGGGUCCGGAGAAGGAGCAGAGCUGGAUCCCCAAGAUCUUCAAGAAGAAGACGUGCACGACAUUCAUCGUUGACCCCACAGAUGCGGGAGGAGCCCUGUGCCAGUGCGGGCGUCCCCGGAGCUCCCACCCGUCAGUGGCUGUGGAGGAUGCCUUUGGGGCAGCCAUGGUGACCGUGUGGGACAGUGACUUGCACACCACGGAGAAGCCCACUGACGCCUACGGGGACCUGGAUUUCCUGGGCGCCAGCCGCAAGGCCAGCAACUUCCUCCGGCUCUCUGACCGCACGGAUCCAGCUACCGUUUAUAAUCUGGUCACCCGCACAUGGGGCUUCCGGGCCCCGAACCUGGUGGUGUCAGUGUUGGGGGGGUCAGGGGGCCCCAUCCUCCAGACCUGGCUGCAGGACCUGCUGCGACGCGGGCUGGUGCGGGCUGCCCAGAACACAGGGGCCUGGAUUGUCACCGGGGGGCUGCACAGGGGCAUUGGCCGGCAUGUUGGUGUGGCUGUGCGAGACCACCAGACGGCCAGCACUGGGGGCACCAAAGUGAUAGCCAUGGGCAUGGCCCCCUGGGGCGUGGUUCGGAACAGAGACACCCUCACCAACCCCAAGGGCUCGUUCCCUGCGAGGUACCCGUGGCGUGGCGACUCCGACGACAGGGUCCAGUUUUCGCUCGACUACAACUACUCGGCCUUCUUCCUGGUGGACGACGGCACCCACGGCCGCCUGGGCGGGGAGAACCGCUUCCGCCUGCGCUUCGAGUCCUACGUGGCGCAGCAGAAGACAGGCGUGGGAGGGACUGGAAUUGACAUCCCUGUCCUCCUCCUCUUGAUUGAUGGUGAUGAGAAAAUGUUGAAGCAGGUAGAGAAUGCCACCCAGGCUCAGCUCCCCUGCCUCCUGGUGGCUGGGUCCGGGGGAGCUGCAGACUGCCUGGCAGAGAUCCUGGAAGACACUCUGGCUCCAGGGAGAGGGGGGAGCAGGCAAAGUGAAGCGCGGGAUCGGAUUAAGCGUUUCUUCCCCAAAGGGGACCCUGAGGUUCUGCAGGCCCAGGUGGAGAGGAUCAUGACCCGGAAGGAGCUGCUGACAGUCUAUUCAUCUGAGGAUGGCCCUGAGGAAUUUGAGACCAUUGUUUUGAAGGCCCUUGUCAAGGCUUGUGGGAGCUCGGAAGCUUCAGCUUACCUGGAUGAGCUGCGUUUGGCUGUGGCUUGGAACCGCGUGGACAUUGCGCAGAGUGAACUCUUCCGGGGGGACAUUGAAUGGCGGUCCGUCCACCUGGAAGCCUCACUCAUGGACGCCCUCCUGAAUGACCGGCCUGAGUUCGUGCGCUUGCUCAUCUCCCAUGGCCUCAGUGUGGGCCACUUCCUGACCCCGACGCGCCUGACCCAGCUUUACAGCGCCGCGCCCUCCAACUCGCUCAUCCGCAGCCUUUUGGAUCAGGCGUCCCAUGGUGCAGGCACCAAAAGCCCAGUCCUUAAAUCCUCUGCGGAGCCCCGACCCCCUGACGUGGGGCAGGUGCUGCGGCUGCUGCUGGGGGAGACGUGCGCGCCGAGGUACAGCGCUGGGGGCGCCAGGGAUCCCCACCAGGGAGAAGCCUGCAGGGAGAGCGUGGGUCUACUCUCGAACAGGGCCCACUCUGAUCUCAUGCUGGACACCAUCCUCGGGCAGGCCCCCUGGAGUGACCUGCUCCUCUGGGCGCUGCUACUGAACAGAGCUCAGAUGGCCUUGUACUUCUGGGAGAUGGUGAGUGCUGGUUUGAUCUCUGAAUCUACUUUCUUCUACAUCCCUGUCCUUUAUCCCUACUGGACCCCAGUGCCUGAGCAGCUGGCAGAGACCCCCGAGAAGACGGCCGUGCGGCGCUGGGGCCCACGCAGGGGCUGCUGCGGCGGGUGCCCCCCACGCCUGCGCCGCUGGCCCCAGUUCUGGGGGGCGCCGGUGACCGCCUUCAUGGGCAACGUGGUCAGCUACCUCCUCUUCCUGCUGGUGUUCGCCCGGGUGCUGCUCCUCGACUUCCAGCCCGAGGCGCCCGGUGCCCUGGAGCUGCUGCUCUACUUCUGGGUCUUCACCCUGCUCUGCGAGGAGCUCCGGCAGGGCCUGGGCGGCGGCUGGAGCAGCCUGACCACCCGGGGCCCCGGGCCCGGCCCCCAGCGGGCCCCGCUGCGCCACCGGCUGAGCCUCUACCUCGCUGACACCUGGAACCAGUGCGACCUGGUGGCCCUCACCUGCUUCCUCCUGGGCGUCGGCUGCCGAUUGCUCCCCGGACUGUAUGACCUGGGCCGCACUCUCCUCUGCCUCGACUUCAUGGUCUUCACGCUACGAUUGCUGCACAUCUUCACGGUCAACAAAGAGCUGGGACCCAAAAUCGUCAUCGUGAACAAGAUGAUGAAGGACGUGUUCUUCUUCCUCUUCUUCCUUGGUGUGUGGCUGGUUGCCUACGGGGUGGCCACGGAGGGGCUCCUUAGGCCCCGGGAUCGUGACCUCCCGAGUAUCCUGCGCCGUGUCUUCUACCGGCCCUACCUGCAGAUCUUUGGGCAGAUCCCCCAGGAGGACAUGGACGUGGCCCUCAUGGAGCAAGUCAACUGCUCGUUAGAGCAGGGCUUCUGGGCUCGCCCGCCGGGGGCGCAGGCAGGCUCCUGUGUCUCGCUUUAUGCCAACUGGCUGGUGGUUCUCCUUCUCAUCAUUUUCCUGCUCGUGGCCAACAUCCUGCUGCUCAAUUUGCUCAUCGCCAUGUUCAGCCACACCUUCAGCAAAGUACAGGGAAACAGCGACCUCUAUUGGAAGGCUCAGCGCUACUGCCUCAUCCGGGAAUUUCACUCUCGGCCCGCGCUGGCUCCGCCCCUUAUCAUCAUCUCACACGUGCGCCUCCUCAUCCGGCAACUACAGAGGCGCCGGUUCCGCUUGCCGCCCUCCCCGGUCUUCGAACAUUUUCGGGUCUACCUCUCGAAGGAAGCAGAGCGGAGGCUGCUGACAUGGGAGUCGGUGCAGAAGGAGAAUUUCCUGCUGGCGCGCGCGCGUGACAAGCGGGAGAGUGACUCCGAGCGUCUGAAGCGCAUGUCGCAAAAGGUGGACGCAGCGUUGAAGCAGUUGAGGCAGAUCCGCGAGUAUGAGCAGCAUCUGAAAGGGCUGGAGCAGGAAGUCCAGCACUGUAGCCGUGUCCUGGGCUGGGUGGCCGACUCCCUGAGCCGCUCUGCGUUGCUGCCCCCAGGGGGGCCACCGCCUCCAACCCUGUCUGGGCCUAAAGACUGAGCCCUGCUGGCAGACUUCAAGGAGUAGCCCCCAUAGGGAGUUUUUGCUCCCAAAGUCCUACUGGUCCUUGACCCUUGCACCUCCUGGCCUUGUUUUCCACGCGGGCCCCAUGCUCAUGGAGGACCACCUGGGCUGCUGUCAGGACCACCUCAGGGAGUGUCAUCCAUGCGAACCACCGCAGGCCCAGCUCCUCCUAGAACCAGUCCCGCUCCGGGAAGAUCAGCCUCUGGAGCCCAGGCAUUGCUCUUCUGAAGGCCCUGCCACAGCCUGCUGGGCGGGAGAGGGCUGCAGGGUCUUUGGGAUACAGGGAUCACAGAUCCCAUUUGCAGCUCCCCACACUGGGGAAAUAAAGCCAUUUGAGAGGAGUGGA